AUGCAUCACCGUGCCUUCAACGAAGAGCAACUCCUCGAGCUCAUGCAAGUUAGUCGCAGAUUGCGGUUGGAAUAUAUAAGCGAAGCAUACAGCCUGCUGAUGAUACCAAAACGAUCAAGCAUAUUCUCUGUGAAUAGAAUAACACCCUGAAAAGCAAUCUGGAGUAGUGUAUCGCAUUACGUGUCAAAAUUGUCCUUGUGACUACAGAGGAAAGACUGGGCGUAUGCUCGGAUCGCACAUACACGAACAUAAGCUGGCUGUGCGACGAGGCGACGUAUUAUCACAAGUGGCCGCCCACAUCUACGAAAUGGGUCACGAGUUUAACUUCGCAGGCACCAAAAUAGUCGCCCACGCCGGAAACAAAACAGGCCGAGAAUUGAUUGUAAUCACAAGCCAAGCCCUAAAACUAACCUUAGCCCUGAACCCAAUCUCCCUGGAAACCAGUGCAAGAUUCUCAGGAUGGGCGGGGGGGGCGAGUUGUAUUUCUGUGUCCUGCUCCUGUGUCAUUAAAUACUACGUGCCUCGUAGUUUCCAUCUCAUCCACAGUGAUUAGUACUCAAAAGUCUGAAGGUCGUUGUUUCAUGCGAGGCUCGACGGACGCACGCGUCCACACAUACUGUACCUAUUUUACCACUUCCAUUCAUUCAGCUCUCCGAUUUCUUUCCUCCACCUCCUUCUUCUCCGCUUAUCACCUCUUCCUGCUUCCACCUUACAGUACUCCCCCCUGCCCUACAUCGCUGCCGCUCUGUCAAGUCGCCUUCCCGUCUUGUUCUCUCUUCUCCCCCCCCCUUCAGCACCUUCCACGCUGCUUUGUUUCCCCAGUCAACUCUCUCUCUCUCUCUACCUCUCCUCUCUACCCCCUCUGCACUCACUCGGACCUCUCUCUCACCCCAGCCUGCACAACCCGCUUCUCCCACGUCUACCAGUCCCUUCCCUUUCCCGCCCAUCCCCUCCCAUUCACACUCAAUCCUCUGCUUCUCCAGACAUCCAAUAAGACCGCUACGACAUGCAGUGGCCCGCCAAACCUUUUAACUGUCGGGACGGACGGUGAGAACGCGCGGUAGGGAAGGAGGGGAUGCUGGGCGGCAGUUUGCAGGGAACCAAAAGUGCGCAGAUAGCAUACUGUGCCAAGUCGCGUCUCCGAAAAAACACGCGAGACGGACGGACAGACGGAGGCAGUAGGUCUUUUGGAGACUGCGACGUCACUCAACUCACAAUGGCAGCUUCCCCCCGCAGAGAACUGAUCCAUCUGGCCGACGCCACCUACCGAUAACGGCCGUCAGUCUUGCAUUUCCUAUGCACACCAGCGCCGGAGAUGCUGCGUGUACUCCGCAUAUAUCUCGCAGGGAAUCUACGGGAACUGGCGAUAGCAGGGCACUAGGCAGUGACGGUACUGUGCACGAGAAGCAUAUCAAAAGAAGGAGAGGAGUACACUAGGGGCACAGUUAUAUUACGACGCAUCAAACGGCUCUCAUUACGUGGCGCGUGGGUUGCAUGCAUACUGCACCUGACGUGUGGAUGGGCAGCAUUAGUUGUGGGUGCUGAUCGGACUCCCAGUUUCUCCAUCUUGGGCGAUCAUUAGUGACCCCGGUGGUCCACAUGAUGACCGCUUCUUUUCGAAAAAAAGAUACGAUCGUUGACUAGACGGCUAGAUGACCUUCAGGCUUUUCAUUAAUGUGUUUUUUACGGCCAGGUGUGGUUAGUAGCUUCAGCUGAAGUAAACAAACUCCAGCCACCUGUAGUACGGGACCGGUGGUAAUAAGGGUUUUUACAGUCGGGGGCAGGGAACGCACAGGAGGCGAGGUCAAAUAGUUGUUUGCAAAAGAAAAGCUAUUGGGAAUACGCGGUUGUACCUAGGGUGGUUGAGAAAUAGUUGCCCUAACCCCUAACCCCAACAGUAUUGUGUCCAUCAGGUGGGGUUAUAUGACCAGAUCUUACCAUUUUUGACAACCCACAAUCUCAACCACCAAUUCCGACCUGACCAGAUGUGUGUGUGUCGGAGAAGUAUUUUGGCAUAGUGUGAUUAUCCAGACACCAGUGGAGGAGAUACGGCAAACAGUCAACUAAGGCAACAAUCACUGACGCGGCGACCCCCGCUGUUAUGGAUACGCCUGUGAUCGAUUGACCUAUGAGGCGUCUGAAGGUCGAGGGCCAUUGUGGAAAAUUGGGGCGUGUAUGACGGGUACAUGUCGGGGCUAAAGGCGGCCCCUCUCCUACCUAUGCAGUGCCAUGCGAUCCCUCCUGCGAGGAAGAAGUCGCCGAUGCCAUACGAAAGUUGCGCAACAAUAAGGCACCCGGAGAGGACGGUAUACGCGCUGAAAUCUUUAAGUCUUGUGUCGACACUCUAGCGCCCUGGCUCCAUGAGGUGAUUGAACGAGCGUGGAGAGACGAGGUUGUUCCUGAUGACUGGGGCUUAGGCAUCCUUGUACCUAUCCUCAAGAAGGGAGAUAAGACGAGAUGCGAGAACUACCGCGGCAUAAGUCUCAUCGACGUUGCUGCGAAGAUCUUCGCUAUUGUCCUACUCAGACGAUUCCAGGCUGUGCGUGACUCAAGGACGAGGCCCAACCAAGCCGGAUUUCGUACUGGACGUGGAUGCGCAGAUCAGAUAUUCACACUGAGGCGCAUUCUCGAAUUUCGCCAUAGCUACCAACAACCGACGGCCGUCUGCUUCGUUGACUUUGCCGCCGCGUUCGAUUCCGUUCAUCGUGAGUCCCUGUGGCGGAUAAUGGCGCUAGAUGGUGUACCGGCAAAAAUCAUCGCCAUGAUCAAGGCCUACUAUCGUUCCACUACUGCGAGAGUCCUGGUCCGUAACAAUUUUUCCCAACCGUUCGGUAUUCGGUCUGGCGUCCGACAGGGUUGUAUCCUGUCACCCAUACUGUUCAACUACGCAAUUGACUGGAUCCUCGGGAUGGCCCUACGCGACAGUGACGGCGUUGAAUUUGCACCCGGACAUCGACUGACUGAUCUCGACUAUGCCGAUUAUAUCGCCUUACUUGCUUCACAUUUUGGUGAUCUACAGUCUAUGGUGUCACGAGUGAACGAGGUCACUAAAUCAGUCGGUUUGUCCAUAAACGCUGGGAAGACCAAAGUAUUCUCAAGUUGCAUCCCUGACCAGGAGAAGGCACCCCUGGGGAUUGAUGGCUGUCAACUUGAAGAAGUGGACAGGUUUAAAUACCUCGGGGCGAGGCUGCUGCCUAAUGGACAGAGUAAGGACGACAUUGUCUCCCGAAUCGAUGCUGCCCGCUGGGUUUUUUCAAGCCUUCGGAAAUGCCUGUGGAACCGGCGUGACCUCUCCAUCGCCACUAAGAUUCGCGUGUACCGUGCAUCUGUCCGGUCUGUCCUUCUCUACGGUUGUGAAUGCUGGGCUUUGCGCGUGGCGGAUGAGCGAAAACUGGAGGUAUUUGACCACCACUGCUUGAGGAUCAUCCUUCGAGUGAAGUUAACCGACUUCGUCUCAAAUGAGAUAGUCCGCGCUCGCUGCGACAACAUCGCGAGGAUAACUCAGGCCAUCCAAGAAAGACGACUGAGGUGGUUCGGGCAUGUUCUUCGUCGUCCACCUCAGGAGCUCAGUGUUACUGCCCUCGAUCCGGCACCGUUGCCCCAUUGGAGGCGUCGAAGAUGGGGCCAGUUCAAAACCUGGCUCGACACUGUCCGUCAAGACAUGGAGGUGGUUCUUGGACCUUCGGUAUUCGGUCUCCGUCGUUGGCGAAGGGAAUGGGUUGAGCUGUCUAGAUCUGCUGCCGCGGAUCGUCACGCGUGGAGAGGUACAAUUCGGGACAUCAUCGAGGCCGGCUAG